AUGCUUUGUAUAGUUGAUUUGGAAUAUGCUUUUCAAGUUGAAGAGGCUUGGAAUUCUAAUCAGACUAAACCAAAAUUCAUCUCAUCUUAUCUUUCUAAAAAGGACUUUGGUACACCCGAAGAAGAUGCUUAUAUCAGAUAUGAAAGAAGGAUUAUUCGCACCCCACUUCCCGCUUAUGAAACAUUUAAAGAUGAUCCGCUUCGAGUAUUGAUAUGUAUAAGAUUCGCAAGCAGAUUUCAAUUUGAGAUUUUUGAUGAUAUAGCAUUAAAUGAGAAAAUAAGUCGGGGAAGAAUUGGAUUAGAGGUUGAUAAAAUGAUCAAAGGACAUGAUCCCACUCGCGCCAUUGAUUUGAUUCUUAAUUUAGGACUUUAUGAUAUAGUUUUCUCAUCACCUCCACAAGAAACCAUCGUAGCCGGAAAAUUUGAAGAUUCAAAAUUUUUUCGUCAAUUAAAUGAAGAUGAAAAGCGAAAAUUAUAUAUGGCAGCCUGUACAUUACCUUAUAAAGAUAUGAUAUAUACAGAAAAGAGAAAGAGGCAUCCGGCUUGCCGUUUUUGUAAUCCGCGAAGGGUUAAGGGUGUGAAUUUACUUUUUUUGUUUUCUAAUCCGAAUUUUGAGAAGCCCCAGCAAAUAGAGUUGCACUCGACUAUAGGAUUAUUGAUACGUGAACUUGGAUCUGGAUG